GUCUACUCUCACCACCACCACCACCCACACCAACGAGCUCCCAAUCUCCUCCUCGCCUCCUGUCCUGUUCGCCUCCUUUUCGCCUCCGCCAUAUCCUCAUCUAGCCCUCGCCCCUGCUCCUGAGCGUCCCUGAGCCCGGGAUCAAGAUAUCCUCCGACUCUUCUUCCGCGUCUACUUCGCGCGCGUCCAACCAGCCUUCUUCUCUCCCCGUCAUGUCGACCUCUCAGAUUGCAGACGUUCCGACACCGUUCUCGCCGCUCUUGAAGCUGAACUUGCCUUCGCCUGCGGAGUAUAGAAAGCGCAAGGUUGCGCUCAUCUCUGGUAUCACUGGACAGGAUGGGUCGUAUCUGACGGAGUUGCUACUCUCAAAGGGAUACGAGGUACACGGCAUCAUCCGGCGAUCGUCGAGCUUCAACACGAGUCGGCUGCACCACUUAUACGAAGACCAGCACGAGCGGCCGAACAAGUUCAAACUGCACUACGGCGACCUCAGCGACAGCACGAACCUCGUGUACAUCAUUGCGCAGGUGCAGCCGACAGAGGUGUACAAUCUCGGCGCGCAGUCGCACGUCAAGGUCUCGUUCGAGAUGGCGGAGUAUACGGGCGACGUGGAUGGGCUGGGCACGCUGCGGCUGCUGGACGCGAUCCGGACGUGCGGACUCGAGCGCCACGUGCGCUUCUACCAGGCGUCGACGUCCGAGCUUUACGGCAAGGUCGUCGAAACGCCGCAGAGCGAGACGACGCCGUUCUACCCGCGCAGCCCGUACGGCGUCGCGAAGCUGUACGCGUUCUGGAUCACGAAGAACUACCGCGAGGCGUACGGCAUGUACGCGUGCAACGGCAUCCUCUUCAACCACGAGAGCCCCCGCCGUGGCAGGACGUUCGUCACCCGCAAAAUCUCGCGUGCCGCGGCGGACAUCUCGCUCGGCAAGCAGUCGUGUCUCUACCUCGGUAACAUCGACGCCCAGCGUGACUGGGGCCAUGCCGCCGACUAUGUUGAGGGCAUGUGGCGCAUGCUCCAGCAAGACACGCCCGACGACUUCGUCCUCGCCACGGGCGAGAUGCACCCUGUGCGCGAAUUCGUCGAGAAGGCUUUCGGAAUACUCGGCAUGAACAUCCAAUGGCGUGGCUCCGGAACCGAAGAGGAGGGUGUGGACACGAAGACGGGCAAGGUCGUCGUUAAGGUGGACUCGCGGUACUUCCGUCCCGCUGAAGUCGAGCUCUUGCUCGGCAAUCCCGCGAAAGCCGAGAAGCUUCUCGGGUGGAGGCGCAAGGUUAACUUCGACUCGCUUGUGAAGGAGAUGGUCGAGGCUGACCUGAAGGCGGCGGGUUCGCUCGUGGAGGACCAGAACUAAGCUUGGCGCACCUGCGGUGUACUGCAAACUGUACCCAUGUAUA